UAUGUCUCCCCGGAUUUCGGUGCCAGCGUGGGCCAGCGGCAGCUGGUGUGCCUCGCGCGGGCUCUGCUUCGCGGAACGAAGAUCCUUCUGCUCGACGAGGCCACUUCGCAGAUGGACGGCGACACCGACCAGCUCAUACAGGUGGCCCUGAGGGACGCCUUUGCGCAGUGCACGCUUUUUACCAUCGCACAUCGUCUGCAUACGGUCCUCGACUAUGACAGGAUACUCGUUCUCGAAGACGGCAAAGUCAAAGAGUUCGACGCGGUAUCUAGGCUACUUGCUGAUGAAUCGUCAAUGUUCUUCAAUAUGGCCGCAGAGGCCGGCAUCAAUAGUGUUCGAAAGGACGAACUAAUCAGUACUACUUUGUGAUAAUCUCGUUUUGCAGCCGUUUUUUUUUAUCGCGAACCAUCAUUCCUAUACAACUACACCCUACUGUCUAAUUUAUUUUUAAUUGUUUAUGGGUUCGAAGUUCACCAAGGAAGAGUGGGGCUUUACACUGAAGAGACCUUUUAUGAUCAGGUACUAGGCUAAAAGGUCGUGGCUAAAACAAAAUUGCGGGCACCCUGGAUUUUUGUCCCAUCACAAUAAGCUUUGUAAUCAAAAGUGUGCGAGAUCAACGAACUUCCAUGAAACAGACACACCAGAAAUACCAUUGCUCCUUUUUAUGGCCCAAGAAACAAAAAAAAAGAAGAAAAACAAAGGAACCAAGGGGAAUAGGUUGCUGCACCUUCAUGUACCUGCCAUGUGGUUGAAUAAACUCAAACUCAAAGUCAAGAUGUGAAUUAUGGUAUCAACAGCCUAGCUUGAACAGGUGCUCCGCUGCCAUAAUUUGAAAUCUGAGGCGAAGGAAAACUGACCUGUAUAACUGGGUUACACUUACUAUCAUUUCUGUUUCGUAUCUCUAAAGUAUAUUACAUGUUUGUGUGCAUCGCUUUUACGUGUUUUUACUGUGCCAUUUCCAUAAACAGAGCUGUUGGUACUGUG